CGCCCCCCCGGUAACUGCGAGCCGGGAGCGCGCACGCCUUCGGCAGGGGGCGCGCCCGUAGGCGAGAGGGGUGCCGGGGUAAGGCGCGUGCCCGCGGCCGAUGCUAAGGCUUUUUCUACUGCCCCGUAGUGACUGCAGAGCUCAGUACAGCAGAAAAGAAGGACACGUUAAAAUGUCUCCUGAAGUUGCCUUGAACAGAAUUUCACCAGCACUCUCUCCUUUCAUUUCCAAUGUGGUCAGAAAUGGAAAAGUAGGAUUGGAUGCUACUAACUGUCUAAGAAUUACAGACCUGAAAUCAGGCUGUACCUCUUUGACGCCUGGACCCAGCUGUGAUCGGUUUAAGUUGCAUAUACCAUAUGCUGGAGAAACACUCAAAUGGGAUAUAAUUUUCAAUGCCCACUACCCAGAGCUGCCACCAGAUUUUAUCUUUGGAGAGGAUGCUGAAUUCCUGCCAGAUCCCUCUGCCUUGCAUAAUUUAGCCUCCUGGAAUCCCUCAAAUCCUGAAUGCCUCCUGCUUGUUGUGAAAGAGCUCAUCCAGCAAUAUCACCAAUUCCAAUGCAGCCGAUUACGGGAGAGCUCUCGCCUCAUGUUUGAAUACCAGACUUUACUUGAAGAACCCCAGUAUGGAGAGAACAUGGAAGUUUAUGCUGGCAAAAAGAACAACUGGACUGGUGAAUUCUCAGCUCACUUCCUUUUGAAGUUACCAGUGGAUUUCAGCAAUAUUCCCACAUACCUUCUCAAGUGUAGGACCAUGGAUUUGGUUCCUAGGCUGGGAGUGGAAGUUUGCAACUCACUGCACAUGCACACAAGAUUGAGCUCAAAUGAAUGCCUGUGCCAGCCAAGCCCAAAUAACAUGGAUGUCAAUGAAGAUCCAGGAGAGGAUGUUGCUCUUCUUUCAGUCAGUUUUGAGGAUACAGAAGCUGCUCAGGUUUUCCCCAAGCUGUAUCUGUCCCCACGUAUUGAACAUGCUCUUGGAGGCUCCUCUGCCCUUCACAUCCCAGCUUUUCCAGGUGGAGGCUGUCUCAUUGACUAUGUACCACAAGUGUGCCAGCUGCUAACUAACAAGGUACAGUAUGUUAUUCAGGGAUACCACAAGAGAAGGGAGUAUAUUGCAGCUUUCCUGAGUCACUUUGGAACUGGUGUGGUGGAAUAUGAUGCAGAGGGCUUCACAAAGCUCACACUGUUACUAAUGUGGAAAGAUUUUUGCUUCCUUGUUCACAUUGACCUACCGCUGUACUUUCCUCGAGACCAGCCAACUCUAACAUUUCAGUCAGUCUAUCACUUCACUAACAGUGGACAGCUGUAUUCCCAGGCCCAGAAAAACUACCCUUACAGCCCACGCUGGGAUGGCAAUGAGAUGGCCAAGAGAGCAAAGGCUUAUUUCAAAACGUUUGUCCCUCAGUUCCAAGAGGCAGCUUUUGCCAAUGGAAAGCUGUAGGAAACACCAGGUCUGGAGAAGAUGCCAGACAGAUUCUUACAUCCACAUGCAUGUCAGCUCCAAGACGACUUCCUGGAAGUGGGUUGGAAUCUCUUUUUUUGAUACUUUUUGCCUCUGGAAUAGCUUUGAUCACCUCAGACUUCAUUAACUCUAUAAAACAAGGACCUCAGCUGGCUAAUUCUAAACUGAAUAUUUGAUACUCCUUAUCCAAUCCUCUCCUACCACCAUCAUUUCCUUUUAUAGCCACUGGAUUAGAUUAAAACGUUAGUGUUUUGAUGUGAUACCAUUUCCCUGUAACAAUGUUAUAUGCGAUGCCUUGUUUCAGAAAUGCUUGUCUUUCAGGUGUUGUUAAGAAGUGAUUGUUUUCAUACCAGUAUUCUGUUGUUCUGAACCUUUGUAUAUUUUCAGCAUAUCCUAAUAAUAUAUAAAGCUGCCAUACUUACCAGAAA